AUGAAGUUCGACACAGCCUUCGCACCCUUUCUGGGUCUCGCAAACCUUGCCACGGUCUUUGCACAUGGAGCCCCUCAACCCGCAGCCGCAAUCGCUCGCCGAGAAGCAUUGGUCGCAGAGGCAGCAAAGACAUACUCAAGUUGCGCUAAGAAGAUUAAGUCUCGUGAGGUUCUUGAGAGGAGAGAUGCCAAUACACAGUCAUUUGUGAAUAUGUAUCUGGAGAGUCGUGGACUUGAGCCAAAUUUUGAUAAGCGGGUUGAAUCUGAUGCGACUUGUGUUCUCGCUCCAGAGGAAGUUGAGGGCCCGUAUUAUGUUUCUGGACAAUUGAUUAGGGAUGAUAUUCGAGAGGAGGAAUCUGGUAUCGAUCUUCUGCUAGAUGUGCAACUCUUGAAUGUUCAUACCUGCGAGCCGUUGCGAAACGUUCUUGUUGAUUUCUGGGCCUGUAACAGUACUGGAGUCUAUGGUGGAGUUGCAGCGCAAAAUACCGUGGGAUUGACAUUUUUGCGUGGUAUUGUGCAGUCGGACAAUGAUGGUGUUGUUCAAGUUCUUACGAAAGUGCCAGGAUGGUACACCGGAAGAGCUCAACAUAUCCACGUGAGAGCGCAUGUGAACUACACAAUCGCUAAUGACAAAUUGCAAGGAGGAACAGUGGUACACACUGGACAACUUUACAUCGAGCAAUCCGAUCUCACCGAAAUCAAUGCUUUGGCGCCAUAUUCUAAUAACCAGAAUCCAUUCACACUGAACUCCGAGGACUUCAUUUUCACCGGAGAAGCAAACGCGACGGCUGGAUAUAAUCCUUACAUCCGUGUCACAAAGACUGGAGAGACACUGAAUGAUGGUCUGUUGGGGAAAAUAACACUUGUUCUUGAUCCCGACACGGCUGCUACCCCGGUGGAUAUGGGUUUUCCAGGUGGAAACUUCACUGGACCUCCUCCGGGAGGUUUCCCAACUAGCGCACCUCCUGCUGGGGAAACAACCAACUCUGCGACAACAACCGCGAAUCUCUGA